AUGCCCGUGCGGAGGGCGGCCCAGCUUUCCCACAAACUAGGGCAAAAAAAGCAGCGACCUUUGGAGGCAGAGCGUCAUCAGAGCCCACCAGAUGGAACCGAAACCCCUUCCCCCAAGGAGCCCCACCUGAGUCUGCCCAAGACCCUGGGUCCCCAGCGCAGUAUCUAUUUCUCAAGCCCAAAAGACCACCCUGCUCGACUGGGAUCAGACUUUUUCGACCAGCCUGCAGUCCCCCUGGCCCGGGCGUUUCUAGGACAGGUCUUGGUUCGGCGACUCGAUGAUGGCACAGAACUCCGUGGCCGUGUUGUGGAGACUGAGGCAUAUUUGGGGCCAGAGGAUGAAGCUGCCCACUCGAGGGGUGGCCGGCAGACCCCUCGCAACCGCGGCAUGUUCAUGAAGCCAGGGACCCUGUAUGUGUACUUCAUCUAUGGCAUGUACUUCUGCAUGAAUGUCUCCAGCCGAGGGGAUGGGGCAUGUGUCCUGCUGAGAGCACUGGAGCCCCUGGGGGGCCUGGAGACCAUGCGGCAGCUUCGAAGCACCUACCGGAAAGGCAAUACUGGCCGAGCCCUCAAAGACCGUGAGCUCUGCAGUGGCCCCUCCAAGCUCUGUCAGGCCCUGGCCAUUGACAAGAGCUUUGACCAACGAGACCUGACCAAGGACAAGGCUGUGUGGCUAGAGCACAGUCCCCCAGGGCCCAAGGAGCCAGCUGUGGUGGCAGCAGCCCGAGUGGGCAUUGGCAACGCAGGAGAGUGGGCCCAGAAGCCCCUGCGCUUCUAUAUCCAGGGCAGCCCCUGGGUCAGUGUGGUAGACAGAAUGGCUGAGCAGGACACACAGAUCUGAGCAAGGGCCUACUCGGGACAGGCUUUUUAAUUGUUUAAAAACCAAAUAAAUGCUUCAUUUCUAGAAAA